AUGAAACCAACAAUGCGGGGACUAUACAGCCAAUUCAGGGGCCUCACAGCAACCAGGCUAGCCGGAGCAGCGGCCUUGACCAGGCCUCGGUUGGCUCAACGGCAAGAGCGGAGGCGCCGCAAGGGAGGGGGGAGAGGAGGGCAACAGGGGUGGCUUGUAAGGGACCGGCAAGGGCUGCAGGUUGGAGGGCAGCAUGGGCUGUUGGCGAGGGGGCAACAAGAGCUGCAAGAUGGAGGGCAGCAGCUGCCGCAUAGCGGCGGGCAAGUGCAGCUACAGCGCGGAGGUACAGCGAGGGCUGCCAGCGUGGGGGCGGUAUCAGGAGCUGACGGAGAGGGAACAGCGGCUGUUGGAGAAAGGGCAGUAGUGGUCGAAGAGGUGGCAGAUGGGGCGGCGACUGCUGCACCAGACGGGGUUGCGACUGAAGUUAGGGACCGGGCUUUAGCACGGCCAGCAGGGGCGGUAGAGGCCACAGCUGGGGCAGAGGAGUCUGCUGCAGGAGCGGCAGAGACCACAGACGGAGUGGCGCGGGCCGCAGGAGAGGCUGGCAGCGAGGGGGACGCUGUAGUCCCACCACAGCCCCAUGACGAGGUCCCCCCUGCCCCCCCCAGGCCCACCCCCAUGCAGGCAGGAGCUUUAAUAGAGGGGCAGGAGGAAACAUCGAGGACAGGGAAUCCGGAGACUGCACCCAUCCACACCCCGCAUCUUUUAACCCACUCCCCCCCGGGAGCACCCACCCUUUGCCCCCAUCCUCACAGGCAUUCUCGCGAAUUAAGUGGGGCAGCCAAGGCCCGGGCUUUUCUAGAGGAGCCCUGCUCCCCGACUAUCAACUCCCAGCCAUCACUACCUCUCCUUCCACCAGCUCAGCUGAGAGGGCUGGAGGGUGAGUUGAGGCUGGUGCGACAACCACAUGCAACCCAGCCACAUGGGCCAGCGGUGCUUCACUCAUCUCUCGUUGGACAAGGUCACCCUCCCUCCCUUAUAGACCUGGAGGCGUCGGAGCCCUCAUCGGGCUUGGGGGUGGCUGUAUCUGACUUGCUGGCAAUACAGAACACUGGCAUACCCCUCCCUACUCCCACACCCCUGGCCCCAGUGGUACACGCCCACGAAGCCCCCCUCAUGGACCUCUUUCUUGCAGCCCCCAUCCUGCAGGAACCGUUUCACCCUUCUCCGAUGGAGACCGAUCUGAUCUUCAGACCGUGCGCCUCUGACACAGAUGUAGGUGCACCACUCCUGCCUGCCUCUCCCCACCCAUCCCCAUCACCAGCCCCACCUAUCACCACGGCAGAUAGUUCCGAGGGCACGGCCAUGACCGACCCCACCGACACAGCGACGUCACCAGACGAGGUCGUGAGGGUCCGUGGUGGGUAUAUAGACAUCCCCUGCGCCAUCUUAGCGCGGGUCUCCCAGGACCCAGAGGCACCAGGCCCUACUCUCCUGUUGGCGGCAGCACCGACGCUCCUACUGGCUCUGGCGACACCGCUAGAGCGUUCAAACACGGCUGCCAUUGCAGCGCGCAUCAUCCGUUUUGGACGAGGUGAGUGGGACGAGCUCAUCUCUGAGGCCCUACAUCGACGUACCCCCCUUCCUCUACGAGCAGCACGACACGCUCGCGCCACCACCUCCUCCCCCACACCCGAUGACCGUCGCAUUGCCUGCUGCCUGCGUCUGGCGGCUUGCAAUGAGACCUCGUGGGCCUGCGCGGCCCUGGAGUCGGCAGAGGCGGCACCUGACACAGAGAGUACGAUGCAACGUCUGCGGAGCAAGCAUUCCAUCGCAGAGCGACCGACUCCAGAUUGGCUACCGACUUUCCAGGAUACUGCCCUUGUGCUCUCUAUAGAUCACCUCCGCCGCGCGGGUUGUCUGGAGGACCGACAACUUUGGCUGCGAGGCUACUACGCCCCGGCAGCUCGGUCGCUAUUGGCAUCGUCCACUCUGGUCGCUCUCGCGAAACCGAACCUGGAUGUGCGUCCUAUCGCGAUAGGUGAGGUUCUGAUUCGCAUCCUUUCUCGCGCAGUAUGCUUACAGCUGCGGGACCAGAUGGCUAGAGUUUUCCUCGCGUCACAGCAGUUUGGGGUGGGCGUUACCUGUGGGACAGAGGUCGUGGUUAGAGGCGUUUGUCACGCCCUGGAUGACCACCCUGACUGGGUGGUUCUUCAGCUGGAUAUGGCGAACGCCUUUAAUUCGUUUCAUCGAGACGCCAUGUUCCAGGCCCUCUACACUAGUGCUGAGUUCCACUAUCUUAUUCCUUUCAUUCGCCUUUUCUACAGGACACCCUCCGAUCUCCUCUACCGGGCGAAUGGAGGGGUGACCACCAUUCACUCGGAGCGCGGGACCGGUCAGGGCGACCCACUCAGCCCUUUCCUGUAUGCCCUCAGACAGCGCAUGGCUCUACAACCAGUUUUAGCUGAGGGCGAUGUCCAGCUAUGGGAUUUUGUGACUUCCAGGGAGGUGGAGGCCUUCACGAGUCUGGGGAUUGAGGUCGCUCGCAGAGGACUCACUGUCACGGGAGUGCCGGUAGGCUCUGACGCUUUUGUGGAGAGGAGCCUACCUGAGCGUCUGGAGAGGAUGGGGCGCGUGUUGCCGUGGCUUCCGAGACUGCGCCAGCCCCAGACAGCGGCCCGUCUACUUACGGCAUGCGUCAGCAUGCGACCGCAGUAUCUGGCGAGGACGGUCCCUCGGACCCCGGCUGUACGUGCCAGUUUUGCAUGGUGGGAUGAGCGGUUAGUGGAGACCUUUCAGCAGCUUCUGGUGCCUGGGACUUGGACUUGCAGAGAGGACGUUCGUGAGGCUGCCCUGGACCAGAUCUACCUCCCCAUACGUCUAGGGGGUUUUGGCAUCCGACGCAUGGAGCGUAUCGCCCCGAUCGAUCGAUCACUGCGGACGGCGUUGGAGGGCCUCCCACGUGACAUCCUCUCUCUCUUCCCCCUCUGGCACUCUUGUGUCUCUGCUGCCCCUGAUUCUCUUUUCACAGGAGUGAGCCGCGUCUUGGAGGCGUGGGCCUUGGAGUCAGUCCGGGCCCGUCACACUAACCCCUUGCACCUUGCCCGUUUGACAUCCCUUCAGGGCGCAGGUGCAGGCGCGUGGUUGACGGUGGUGCCGUACGCAGACUCGCUGCGCAUCCCAGAGGCGCAGUGGCAGGUGGCCUCAGCUUUCCGUCUCGGCCUCCCUAUCACCCAACUAGCCCUCGCAGGUCGGUGUUCUUGUGGGCAGGCGAUCGACGAUAUGACGGUACCUCACCACGUGGUGCGGUGCUCUCGCUUCGGCGUCGCCACGGUCAUCCACGACACCGUGAAAUACAUGCUUCGGGACUUUGCUUUUGAGGCAGGUUUCGCGGUGAAGGUGGAGGACACCACCUUGAUUUUGCACCUGGAGGCAGCUAGAGCGCGACUGCAGGGACUCUCGGGGACGGGGGAUGGGGUACCGGGACAGUCAGGGGCACCGUGGGGACAGCAGCAGCAGCACGGUGGGCUCGUUCGAGGGGCUGGUGGGCAGGAGGGCCGAGAGGGGCAGGAUGGGCUGGCUAGUGGGGGAGAGGAGGGGGGACAGCAGCAGCAGCGGCAGCAGCAGCAGCAACAGCAGCAGCAAGGCCAGCAGGGGCAGGAGGGGCAGACCCGUAGGGGUGAGGAGAGGGGACAUCAUGGACAGCAGCAGCAGGGCCAGCAAGGGCAGGAGGGGCUGGCUAGUGGGGGAGAGGAGAGUGGACAGCAGCAGCAGCAGCAGUAG